AUGACUCAAAUAAACUGUACACAGACUGCAGCAACAGUGAAUGGUUCCUCGGAAAAUGCAACUGCCUCAGGGGACACUUUUGACUCCGAUUCGAUUGUAAUUCUCUCAUGCUUGGCCCUUUUAGCGAUUCCUAUUAUCGUUAUUAACUUCGGUGUGAUGUUUUUGGUUUCGAAGAAAAAGACUCUUCGAACACCUGCCAACAUUUGUCUUGCGAGUCUCGCUUGCUCUGAUCUUCUCACCGGGUUAUGCGUUAUUCCAUUGGUCAUUAUCUGUACGUUAUUUAAAGAAAUUCCUUGGCCGUGUUUAUCAAUGGAGUUUAUUAACAGGAUGCUGUCAAUUUCGGCCAUUCUUCAUCUACUUGUUAUCGCCUUGGAAAGAUACGUAGUUAUUGUCUGCCUUGUGAGGCUGGAUAACCUGCUCAGUUGCAAACGAUACGUUGCUAUUGUGUCAGCAGUCUGGUUCAUUCCGUUAUGUGCGUCGCUGAUCCAAUUGUCGUGGCUAGAUUGGGAAGAUGGCGUACCUGUUCUGAAUGGCGUCUCGCAGGCUGAGAUCAUUUAUGACCUCGUUUGUUUCGUUGGAUUCCUCUGUCUUCCUUUAUUAAUCAUCGCAAUUUCGUAUUCGAGGGUCUUCUCCGUGUUGCACCGGCACACCAAAGACAUAAACAAACAAGCGUCUCUCUUUGUGUCAGACUCUAAGUCACCCAAAUACAAACUCAAGGAAAAACGAGCCACAAUUAUAUACACAUGCAUGAUCGUCGUCUAUGUUGUAGCGUGGUUUCCUUACUUUCUCCUGGUACUGUCCAAAGACUUGGGUGCAGGAAAGAUGGUCGUUAAAAUUCCGUUAUGGGUAGAAUACGCAUUUAUGUUUACCCGAUUUUCCAGCCCGUUAGUCAACCCUCUUUUAUACACCUUUUUCAAGCAGGAUUUUCAAAGAGUUAUUGGAGCUAUAAGAAGAGGAGGAAUCGUGGUGAAAGUAAAGUUUACCUCUGCUAGUUCGCCAAUAAUCAGCACAAAACAGCUGAGAAUCUCAAGAUUAAGACACAGUUCAAAUACCGCUGAUUUGGGAUAG